GUGCUUGCCCUGACGAGCUGGGUGCAGAGUACCAGCUGGGGCCCCGCUUUGGAUUCCACUUAGUUUCUGGAAGGUUUGACUGCAUGGUGCCAUAAGUCUCUGGGAACCCCCACCUAACACACCACCUGACUGAAAAGCCCGGUCUCCGCCGUCCCUCUCACUUCUCACCCGAGCUCCUGCAUGUCUAAUAUUUAGACAUGUUCAGCUUUGUGGACUCAAGGACUGUUCUGCUACUUGUAGCAUCUCAAGUUGUUUUACUAUCCGUGGUCAGAUGUCAGGAAGAAGAUGACCAGGAGGCAGGUGGCUGCAUCCAGGACGCCCGGCUGUAUAAUGAUAAGGAUGUGUGGAAGCCAGAGCCGUGCCGCAUCUGUGUGUGUGACAGCGGAGCGGUUCUGUGCGAUGAGAUAAUCUGCGAGGAGAUCAAAGAGUGUGCCAACCCUAUCAUCCCAUCUGGAGAAUGCUGCCCCAUCUGCCCCGCUGAUGCCGCUGCCCCCAUUGAGGCGUUUGGUGCUAAGGGCCAGAAGGGAGAACCAGGAGAGAUUGCAGAUGUCGUAGGACCUAGAGGACCACCAGGCCCCAUGGGCCCCCCAGGUGAGCAGGGAACGCGUGGAGAAGCUGGCGCAAAGGGCGACAAGGGAAAUCCUGGACCAAGAGGACGAGAUGGCGAACCUGGCACACCUGGAAACCCUGGACCCGCCGGCCCACCUGGACCACCUGGCCCACCAGGGCUGGGAGGGAACUUUGCUGCUCAGAUGUCUGCAGGCUUUGAUGAAAAGGCUGGAGGUGCUCAGAUGGGUGUGAUGCAAGGACCAAUGGGUCCCAUGGGUCCCCGUGGCCCCCCUGGACCUAGCGGAGCUCCUGGGCCUCAGGGUUUCCAAGGAGCACCUGGAGAGACUGGAGAGCCCGGUUCAGCUGGACCGAUUGGACCUCGUGGACCACCUGGGCCAUCUGGAAAACCAGGAAGUGACGGUGAUCCUGGAAAACCUGGGAAACCCGGUGAGCGCGGACCUGCAGGGCCUCAGGGAGCUCGUGGAUUCCCUGGGACACCUGGACUUCCUGGAAUCAAAGGACACAGAGGUCACCCCGGUCUGGAUGGAGCAAAGGGAGAGACUGGUGCUGCUGGAGCCAAGGGUGAGGCUGGUGCUGCUGGGGAAAGCGGCAGCAAUGGACCUAUGGGCCCUCGGGGUCUACCUGGUGAGAGGGGACGUCCUGGUGCUUCUGGAGCUGCAGGAGCCCGUGGAAACGAUGGCUUGCCUGGUCCAGCUGGUCCCCCGGGCCCAGUUGGUCCUGCUGGAGCUCCCGGUUUCCCGGGAUCCCCAGGCUCCAAGGGUGAAGCGGGUCCUACUGGCGCUCGUGGAGCUGAAGGAGCACAAGGACCCCGCGGAGAGGCCGGCACACCAGGAUCACCUGGACCAGCUGGGGCGGGGGGUAACCCCGGCACUGAUGGUAUUCCUGGGGCUAAAGGUUCUGCUGGGGCUCCUGGUAUUGCUGGCGCACCUGGCUUCCCCGGCCCCCGAGGUCCACCUGGACCACAGGGAGCAACUGGACCUCUUGGGCCCAAAGGACAAUCUGGAGAUCCUGGUCUUCCAGGACUGAAGGGUGAAUCUGGACCAAAAGGAGAACUGGGCCCUGCUGGGCCUCAAGGGGCUCCUGGCCCUGCUGGAGAAGAAGGGAAGCGGGGCGCGAGGGGAGAGCCGGGAACUGCUGGGCCAAACGGACCUCCAGGAGAAAGAGGAGCUCCGGGUAACCGUGGUUUCCCAGGUCAGGAUGGUCUUGCUGGUGCAAAGGGAGCUCCUGGUGACCGUGGCGUCCCUGGUGCUGCUGGGCCAAAAGGUGCCACUGGAGACCCCGGACGUACAGGCGAGGCCGGCCUCCCAGGAGCCAGAGGUCUUACUGGUCGUCCUGGAGAUGCUGGGCCGCAGGGCAAAGUUGGAGCUUCUGGCGCUCCAGGUGAGGACGGGCGACCCGGUCCACCUGGUCCCCAGGGAGCACGCGGACAGCCCGGAGUCAUGGGAUUCCCUGGACCAAAAGGAGCAAAUGGUGAACCUGGAAAACCAGGAGAGAAGGGACUCGUUGGUCGACCUGGUCAGAGAGGACUACCUGGAAAAGAUGGUGAGACUGGUCCUUCUGGACCUUCUGGACCUGCUGGGCCUGUUGGAGAGAGAGGAGAGCAAGGACAGCCUGGACCUCCUGGCUUCCAGGGUCUGCCUGGCCCAACUGGUUCCCCAGGAGAAGGCGGAAAACCUGGAGAUCAGGGUGUUCCUGGAGAGGGUGGAGCUCCUGGUGCGGUUGGACCCAGAGGUGAGCGUGGUUUCCCUGGUGAGCGCGGUGGCGCCGGGCCUCAGGGUCUUCAAGGACCGCGCGGACUUCCUGGAACACCAGGAAGUGACGGACCCAAGGGAGCAAUUGGACCAGCUGGAGCUCUUGGAGCUCAAGGACCCCCGGGUCUGCAGGGUAUGCCUGGAGAGAGAGGAGCUGGAGGGAUCCCAGGAGCCAAGGGAGACAGAGGUGAUAAUGGACAGAAGGGGCCUGAAGGCGCUCCUGGAAAAGACGGUGGUAGAGGUUUGACUGGUCCCAUUGGUCCUCCUGGCCCAUCUGGACCCAACGGUGCCAAGGGUGAGACUGGACCAACUGGUCCUUCUGGUGCUCCUGGGGUUCGUGGUGCUCCUGGUGACCGCGGUGAGAUUGGUCCUCCUGGGCCUGCGGGCUUCGCUGGACCUCCUGGUGCAGAUGGUCAGCCAGGUGCUAAGGGAGAACUCGGUGAGCCCGGACAGAAAGGAGAGGCUGGUUCUUCUGGACCACAGGGACCCUCCGGAGCUCCUGGACCUGUGGGACCUACUGGCGUCUCUGGACCUAAGGGAGCACGCGGUGCCCAGGGAGCUCCUGGAGCGACUGGUUUCCCUGGUGCUGCUGGCAGAGUUGGACCGCCUGGUCCCAAUGGUAACCCUGGCAGUGCCGGUCCUGCUGGUCCCGCUGGUAAGGACGGUCCGAAAGGUGUUCGCGGUGACGCCGGUCCUCCAGGACGGCCAGGAGACGCUGGGAUUCGUGGACCAGCUGGACCUCCAGGAGAGAAAGGAGAGCCUGGAAAGGAUGGAGAUCGUGGAGCUGAUGGCCCUUCAGGUCCGCAGGGUUUGGCUGGAGGUCGUGGUAUUGUUGGGUUGCCUGGUCAGCGCGGUGAGAGAGGUUUCCCUGGGCUCCCUGGACCUUCUGGAGAGCCUGGUAAACAGGGAGCAUCUGGUGGUGCUGGUGACCGAGGACCGCCUGGACCCGUUGGGCCUCCUGGACUCACUGGACCUGCUGGAGAGCCAGGCAGAGAGGGUACUCCUGGAUCAGAUGGACCUCCUGGUAGAGACGGAGCUGCUGGAGUCAAGGGAGAGCGAGGUAACACUGGUCCUGCAGGCGCUCCUGGAGCUCCAGGCGCCCCUGGGGCUCCCGGGCCAGUUGGACCCCUCGGCAAACAGGGAGACAGAGGAGAGGCUGGCGCUCAAGGACCUGCAGGACCUCCAGGACUGGCUGGCGCUAGAGGAAUUGCUGGACCCCAAGGACCACGUGGAGAUAAGGGGGAGGCGGGUGAGUCUGGAGAGAGAGGUCAGAAGGGUCACCGUGGCUUCACCGGUCUGCAGGGUCUUCCUGGACCUCCAGGUCCUGCUGGAGAUGCCGGGUCUGCUGGACCUGCUGGACCAAGCGGCGCUAAGGGACCCCCUGGUCCGCUUGGACCUGCUGGCAAAGACGGAUCUAAUGGACAGCCUGGUCCCAUUGGACCCCCCGGACCUCGAGGACGCUCUGGAGAAACUGGUCCUGCUGGUCCUCCUGGGAACCCUGGGCCACCUGGUCCUCCUGGCCCACCAGGUCCAGGCAUUGACAUCUCCGCCUUCGCUGGCCUAGGCCAGACUGAGAAGUCUCCUGAUCCUCUCAGGUACAUGAGGGCUGACGAGGCCUCCAGCUCCCUCAGGCAGCAUGACAUUGAGGUCGAUUCCACAAUCAAGUCCCUCAACACCCAGAUUGAGAACUUGCGCAGCCCUGACGGCACCCAGAAGAACCCGGCUCGCUCUUGCAGUGACCUAAAGCUGUGCCACCCUGAGUGGAAGAGCGGUGACUAUUGGGUGGAUCCUAACCUCGGAAGCACAGCCGACGCAAUCAAGGUCUUCUGUAACAUGGAGACAGGAGAGACCUGCGUCUACCCAAGCAUCACAAAAGUACCAAAGAAGAACUGGUGGACCAGCAAGAGCAAGGACCGCAAACACAUCUGGUUCGGAGAGACGAUGAAUGGCGGCUUCCACUUCAGCUAUGCUCAGGACGGUCCUGCUGCCAGCGCUGCCAACGUCCAGCUGACCUUCUUGAGGCUUCUGUCCACUGAAGCGUCCCAGAACUUUACUUAUCACUGCAAGAACAGCAUUGCCUACAUGGAUCAGGCCUCAGGAAACCUGAAGAAGGCGUUGCUACUGCAGGGCUCCAACGACGUGGAGAUCCGCGCCGAGGGCAACAGUCGCUUCACGUACAGCGUGUUGGAAGAUGGCUGCAAGAGACACACAGGCCGGUGGGGCAAGACUGUCUUUGAGUACAAAACACAGAAAACCUCCCGUCUGCCAAUCGUAGACAUUGCUCCAAUGGACAUUGGAGGAGCAGAUCAAGAAUUCGGAGUGGAUAUAGGCGCCGUCUGCUUCUUGUAAAUUGGAGUAUCACAACGCCCCCCCAAAAAUAAUAAUAAAAAAAACCUGACCAUGAAAAUAUUCCACACACUUCCACAAUAAAGGAGACUGGAAAAUAACAAAAAAAGAGAGAAAUGUAAUACUUUUUUUUUUUCCUCACAACAAAGUGCUCUCCUAGUUGUACUUCCUGGAUGUGAGCACUGAAGGGCACCGGCAAUAUCUGUACAACUCAGCAGCAUUUUGUGUCAGCCCCACUUCCUGAGAUCCAGUCAUGUUUCCCAUGCCCAGCCGUUGACUGAAAUGAGUCCGAGCCAGGAAGGAGGAAGAAGUGGGACCAAGAAGCCAAACUAUGGAGAACAGAAACAUGACUCGAUGUCACUUAUUUAUUGUCUAAUCCAAGUGGGCAGAGUUGGGAUAGGACGGGAUGGGCUCACUUUUGUAAGUAGCAGAAGCCUCCCCGAUCCCCCCUACAGAACAGCUGCGCAACCUCUGUCCCAGUCCUACGCCGCCUCCCUCCUCGUUUCCCUCCCGACACAUAAAUACGGCAUUUUAAAAUCAGUGUAAACCAAGCGCAAAUUCGCUUUAUUAAAUUUUAUUCUCAGCUAGUUAAAUUUACCCUGCUACUCCAGAGCAGUACAUCGUGAGCAGAAAACUUUACUGUGUAUAAUAAAUAUUUGGUUCUAAUGUUGUAAAAGUCUGUGUUUAUAAACAACCAGAUGGUUUUAUAGAUAUAUAUAUUUCCACGUAACGUGUACAUGUGUCUAUAUGCACACCAAUACUUUUUUGGAGAGUAAGGUGCCAUUCUGGUUGUAUGUUUUCAAGUCCUGCACCCCCCUACCUUCCGGUCAGAAGAAGGUCCCACUCUCGUCCCCACCCCCCCAAAAAAAAAAAGAAAAAAAAAAGAAAGAAAGAAAGAUUGACUUUAUAGAACUACAAGGGAAAAUAUUUCUCAAAUUUCUCAUGUAGUCGCCCAGAUUCCUAAAAGCUACCUCACGGUUUUAAAAAGAAAACAAAUGAAAAUGUCGAGUUGCGAUCUGAGCUAACCGAAACGGUUAGCUUUCAUAAGACCCGACGGCCAUCUUUGUUUUGGGUUGCUCUUUUCUCUGAAGGUGCUACGAGUUCCCCGCCGCUCCCUCCAACCUUCCCCGACCCCAUCCCGUCCACACACCCCUUUUAUUGAUUCCCACUAGCCUCACAGCACACACUCACACUCCACC